CCUUCACGUGUUCCCUAACGAGCAGAUUUCAUCACGAGAAACGUCAACAUGGAGGCCUUGGAGCAGACGCUGCGUUCGAUUCUACAGCCAAUCACUCACAAUCUUCCGCCUCAGCUCCGCGAUGCAGCGACCCAGAUUCUGGGAACGCAAUGCUACAAGUCACUCGUGUAUAACAUCAACAUCACCGAUGCCGACUGUCUGAAGCUCGCCAUCUCGAAGGCACUCGGGAUCGCCAUCAUUGGCGCUUCAUCGAUCGUCAAGGUUCCGCAACUACUCAAAUUGCUGAACUCACAAUCUGCCGAAGGAAUCAGCUUCCUCUCCUAUCUCUUGGAGACUACGAGCUACCUGGUCACUCUCGUAUACAACAUUCGCAACUUGUUUCCCUUCAGUACAUACGGCGAGGUCAUCCUCAUCGCCAUCCAGAAUAUUGUGAUUAGUGUGCUGGUCUUGCAAUAUUCUGGAAAGGGGGCAGGCGCCGCAGUCUUCGUAGCAGGACUGGCAGCAGCUGGCUAUGCUCUCUUUAAUGAAAACGUGACUUCGCUGGAGACAUUGCAGUAUCUCCAAGCUGGUGCUGGUUUGUUGGGCGUCGCAAGCAAACUUCCGCAGAUCAUCACCAUCUUCCGCGAAGGCAGCACUGGGCAGCUCUCUUCCUUUGCGGUCUUCAACUACCUCGCUGGAUCUUUGGCCCGGGUUUUCACCACCCUGCAGGAAGUUCCUGACAAACUCAUUCUUUAUGGAUUCAUUGCAGGAUUUUGCUUGAACGCAGUGCUUGCUGUCCAGAUGGUCUACUACUGGAACAGCACGAAGAGCUUGGACAACAAGAACACAAACGCAAAGUCAACUGCCAAGAAGGCUGUCAAGGAGGCCACAAGCGCAAGCCGAACCUCCGGAGCUCAGGCAAGCAAGACACCGUCCACAAGACGAAGGGGCUGA